UUGAUGAAGACGGGCUACGGAGUGUCUGGAGUUACGUCAUCAUUGUUGGCCUUCUCUGCAUCCUGACCGUAUUCGUUCUGAUUGCUUUGAUCUACGGAAGAAAAGUGCGCACUAGUAUUCACUACGAACAUCAGAUCAACGAGUCCGAGGCUGACGAACCAUUCUCCCGGUCUAGCCUCCAUAAGAAGCAAACGACUCUUCCUCCUGAUUUUGUUGGCGCCGAAAGUAUCAACCUCCCCAAUGGGAUCACACAUAUGCAAAAUUGUGUUAAAUAG